GAAAACGCAAACUGCAACUUAAAGUUUGUUUUUAAGGAGCAGGACCGGUAGAACGACCAAAAUGAGCCGUGGGGAAAUUGUUUAUGACAAGAUCCACUUCAGACAUGACCCAAAAUGGAGCAGCCGCUUGGGGCCUGCAGAUGGUGACGGGCUGCUGGUCUGUGUGGCCUGUGUCAUUGAAAUGAUUGAGAGUGAAGAAGUUGCGUCAGUGAGAAAGUCUUUUGCCUUGUCUGGUAUCAGUGGGGUACUGAAGUGUUCUCCGGGGGCCUUAAGAGAGCUGCUGCGACAGGACCACGGAGUCUCUAUGCGUUUUAUAACUUCACUAUUGGGGAUGCAUCACACUGUGGAGGACCCAGCCACUCUGGAAAAGGGUCACCAAGUGCUGGUUAAGCUGCUUUUAGAGCUCCAGAGUGAGGUGUCAUUUCGCUUUGUUUUGGAUGAGAUACACAAACAGCUAAGUGACCAGCUCAGUGUGAAAGGUUUCCUGCCUACAUUUAACCUCUUGGGGACCCUGUUGGAAGCAGUCCCCUCCGUUGCCCAUAGCCUGGUGACUCAGUAUGUGCCUUUGCUGGAGCAUCUGUGCUCAGCCUUGCUUUACCCAGAUGACGCACUGAAGGCUUCGUCCCUGCAUGUGUGGCUCAAACUGUACGGGACAGCUGGGGGAUCAGCAGCCCAAUCUGUGCCCAUCGCCAUCAGGGACAGAGUGUGUAUUCUGUUGCUGCAGACCUUGGCUAAUGCAGGCUCCCCGCAGCUCGUCAACAACUGUGUUGGCCUGCUGUGGCUGUUGGUGCAGCUGCGAGAGACCGUGUCAGUUCUGAUGAACAGCCCUGACAAUCAGGUCAUGUGCAAUGAGAACCAGAUCAUCCACACCAACAACAGCCAGAUCCUCAGCCAAAACCAAGAGCAACAGUCCCUUGACCACUGCCUUUUGCCUCUCAUAUUGAAACAGUUGCUGCUGAGUGGUGAUGAGAUGUUGCAGGUGACCAGUGCUAAGUGUAUUGCAUCUGUCCUGGUUCAUUCUCCCAGUCAGUACAGCACUCCUUUCAUCAAGGCUGACGUACCUGAGUUUCUGUUUGACCGUCUGGCCAGUACUAAUAAUGAGGUGCUGCUGUGGUCUGCCUACAGCUGUUUGGUGUUACUGACUGAAGACCCACUGUUCUUCACCCAGUGUCAUUCUGUCUAUGGUAUUGAGUCCUUGGUGCGCAGUCUGGAGGAGACUCUGCGUCUGUCCAACCUGGAAGUGCAGAAACAAGGUCUGCUGCUCCUUACUCAGAUACUGGAAAGGCAGCCCCCAAAUGUGCGUCUGUUCCCCAGUGGUCCAGGGUUUGUGGCAGUUUCAGAGGCUGUGAUAGCUGGAGUCUCCUCCUCCUGCAUGCUGGUAGCCACACAGGGUGCCAGCGCUGCUUCUGCCCUCUUCAGACUGGACCACCAGUCCAGACCAGUCCAGUACAGGGAGUUAGAAAAACUGGUGGAGGCCAUCACUAACAGAUUCUCUGAGCUGCCCCUACUCUCCCCUUCUCAUCUGCGAAGCAAUCGGAGUCUGAAGAGGUCAGGCCCAAACUGCCAGGCUUCCAGGUCUGAAGGAUUUCUGCUCCAGGCCUUGGUUUGUUUUCAGGCAGCCUGCAGGUUGGCUGAGGAGUGUGCAUCAGAACCUGUUCUGAAGGAGAACACAUUCACAGCUCCAUCUAAACAAAGCCAUGCUCAGGACUCACUAGAGUCUCUGUGUUACUGUCUGCUUCACUGCUGCGACUCGAUCUGGAUACCCACCAUCAUUAGGAUGUGUGAGCAUGCACCCAGCGCUCAAAUACUGCAGUACUUCUACUUCAUCCUAUCCUCCCAGUUCACCCUCCUUCCGUCUCUGAUGCCUGUCUUUGCAAAUAAGCUAGCGUCCUCUGGUUUCUACAGACUGGCCCUGGAAAACAAAGGCAUCCUCUGUGCAGGAAACAGGAACCCAAAGCUGAAUGCAUCUUGCUGUGGUUUUCUACAGAAACUCAGUAUGUGUCUACUUUCCAAGUCAGACCCUGCUUCUGGCUUCUACAAGUAUGAUGUUGAGGAGGUGGAGAAUCUUCUGCUAUACAACCUUCCCUCUCUCUGUUGUCGUCUGUCAGACUGGCCCUCUCUGCUGUGUGAGGCCCCGGGACUCCAGCUCUGUGAAUAUAAAGGGCAAAGGGCCACUCAAUACUGUCUGGUGAUAGUGCUACACCUUGCCUUGCAACAAGGAGACAGGCUCCUCCCAGACCAGAUAGUGUUCUCCAGUGUACUGUGGAUGUUGUGUUCAGUGCAAGAGCAGGGCAGCUGUGCUCUGCCUCGCUCUGUGCUCCGCUCUGCCCUCUACCUGCUCGCAAUGACACAGGACAAGAGCCGCAACCUCAACGGGGCUCCUUUGAACUGCAUCAGCAAGGCACUCUCCUCUUGCCAAAGCUUCUCUUCCCUCUACAUUCACCAUCCUGCAUUCCUUCAUUUCAUCUGUCGCUAUCCGGAGCUAGCAGAGAAAUUUGGGCCAUUGGUCCUGGAACUUUGGUUGACCAAGCAAGCACAGCACACAGAUGAAGGGCAGACCAUGGCAGACAUACAGGAAAAGGGAGAGAAGAUAAAAAGCCAUGCAGAUGAGAGGCAGGAUAAGGUGCCAGACACAGAAACCAUGGAGCUUGUGACUCUGAUAGAGAAGUACCCAGCUGUCAUAGUGACCCUCCUGGACAUGAUUUGCACCAGGGAGGCCCCCCUGGCAGAGCGAGCCCUUGGAGUGCUGGAAGUGUUUUUGCGUGGUCAAAGCGACUAUGAGGUAGAUUUGUGUGCCCAACUUGGACCAGCCCUUCUCCAGGCACUACAGAGGCUCAGUGUGGAGAAUGUGGGCCAUGGCCUCGGGCAGGGACGCAAUGAACAGGCAGGGAACUCACUCCCUCUGGUGCUGAGGCUGCUUUGUGUGACGCAGGCCAGUGAUCCACCUUCAUCUUCCUCCUACAGCAAGAUGGACGGAGUUCACUUCAAGCUGCUCUACCAUGUAAGUAAUAUAGCAGGAAGGUUGAAGCCUACCAACAAAGAGAGCCUACUGCCUGCCCUCAGCUACUUGUAUUGCUGCCUGAGUAUGUCCCCUGCAUACUGCACUGACAGAGCUGUCUCCAUGCUGCUAUCCAACAGUGGACUGAUGAACCAGCUGCAGACAGUUCUCUCCUCGUCCUCCUCCACCUACACUGCUCCAUCCCUCUCUCCAUCAGCCUGUUCUUUUUCAGCCCUGCUUUGCUACAUCCAUCUACUCCUGUCUUCCCUCAUUACCUUGCAGCGUGUUCACUCUGCUCAGGUCCAUAAGAGCAUCAGUUGGAGUCUGGACACAGCUGUGCAGCGACUCCUCCUUCAGAAGAGAAACACAGACGAUCUCUUGUUGGCAAAAUAUGUGGUUUGUCAGCCAUGGAGUCGAUUCCUCCUCUACUUCCUGCUCAGCUCGGGAGAGAGCUGCCUUCUGCACCCUGCCAUUCUCAGACUCAUCACACUUCUCCUGCAGCACAGCAGUACAGUAGUGCUGUGGGAGCCUGACUUGCUCCAGGUGAUGGAGGCGGUGGAGAGGAGGGGAGUGAAGGAAUUCAGCCAGGAAGCAGCACAGGCCCUAAGGCUCCUCCUAACCCAGAUCCAGAACAGUGUCCUGCAGACACCACCCACAGAGGAGCACAAGCAAAGAGCAAGGACUAUGAUGGAGGCCCUCGGCCCACAUGCAACAUCCAAGAGCUGCACCCCCUGUCAGCCCAGCAAGAUCCUGCGUGUUGGAGAUGUGUCCAUCUGUCUGUCUGACUUUACAUUGAAAGCAGGCUGAUGUUCCGCUUAACUGAUUCAUACAGUUUAGAUAUUAUUACGCAAUUAGACAGUUAUUUUCAUUGUUCAUUUAUUGUUACAUGUCUUUUACUACUAUAUACCGAUGGUGUUUUUUUUCUGUUCUUGUAAAGCAUUGCAUGCUCCUGCCUAAAUUAUAGUUUGAUAGUGAAAGAAUUUACUGCAUGGAAUAGUUCUUUGAAAGUAAUUUAAGUUUACAAGCAGUAUUAAAGAAAAGUUGCUUAACUAUAAUCUUUAGUCAUUAUAAGGCAAUACAGCGCUAUAAAAAAUAUCAUAUCUAAAACCUAUUUGUGCCUUUGUUAUAGGCCAACCUCAGUGCUUAUGAUACUUUUUCUCUGAUUUGAUACCAUUGGGUACACUAUACCAGGUGAAACCUACCAUUGGUGUAGUCAUUUAUUCUUUGGAGAGCCAGGUCGUUUUCAUGCAUUCUGUUAAGCAGCCUUUCUAGAAAAUCAAAAACCAGUGUAAAAUUAAAAUACUGCUAUUUUUUGUGAAUCCAAUGGGUCCCAGGGGUUGUGAUUAGUGAAAAGGACACAUUUGACUCUAUAGUAGCACAAACUGCUAUGAUUCAAGCAACACAUGAAAAUCAAA